CUUUAAGAGGCUGCUCCGCGGCAGCGAGCGGGGCCGGAGCCGCAGUCCGAGCGAGCAGAACUGAGCCGAGCCGGCAGGUGCACGGCUGCGGGGACGGCAACAGCAUGACCGGCCACCACGGCUGGGGCUACGGCCACAACGACGGCCCCUCACACUGGCACAAGCUGUAUCCCAUUGCCCAGGGAGACCGCCAGUCACCAAUCAAUAUCGUAUCCAGAAAGGCUGUGUACUCGCCCAGCCUGAGGACACUGGAGCUUUCCUAUGAGUCCUGCACGUCCCUCAGCAUCGCCAACAAUGGCCACUCUGUCCAAGUGGACUUCAAUGACAGUGAUGACCGAACUGUGGUGACUGGGGGCCCCCUGGAUGGGCCCUACCGGCUCAAGCAGCUCCAUUUCCACUGGGGCAAGAAGCACAGUGAGGGCUCAGAGCACACGGUGGACGGCAAGUCAUUCCCCAGCGAACUGCACCUGGUUCACUGGAAUGCCAAGAAGUACAGCACCUUUGGGGAGGCGGCCUCAGCACCCGAUGGCCUGGCUGUGGUUGGUGUCUUCCUGGAGACGGGGGACGAGCACCCCAGCAUGAACCGUCUGACAGAUGCACUCUACAUGGUUCGGUUUAAGGGCACCAAGGCCCAGUUCAGCUGCUUCAACCCCAAGUACCUCCUGCCUGCCAGCCGGCACUACUGGACCUACCCUGGCUCCCUGACAACACCCCCACUGAGCGAGAGCGUCACCUGGAUUGUGCUCCGGGAGCCCAUCAGCAUCUCUGAGAGGCAGAUGGAGAAAUUCCGGAGCCUGCUUUUCACCACAGAGGAUGAUGAGAGGAUCCACAUGGUGAACAACUUCCGGCCGCCACAGCCACUGAAGGGCCGUGUGGUCAAGGCCUCCUUCUGGGCCUGAGCUGCCUACCUGCCCAGCCGGCCACUGAAGCACCAUCUUCCCAAGGGCUUCCAUGUCAGCAGACACCAAACCAUCCAAGGCUCCCUGCGUAGGGCUGCUGUGGACCCCACUUCAGCUGGCUUGCUCCUUGGCCAUGCUGGAGGCUUCUCGAUGGGACCCUCAAGUCGGGGGACACCUUUCAGCUGCCCUGGGGACAGGAAGGACAGGAGCUGAGCAUGGUCCGAGCCUAAGGCUGCCUCUGCUCUCCAACACCCAAAGGCCCCUGGGAACCUCCUCUUGUCUUCCCCGCUGGCAAUGGCAGCAGCCCCACCCUGAGCUCACACUGUGAUGGAUGAGACCAAACUCUCCAGGGCAGGCAGCUGGCAUUGCCAGAAAGACUCAAGCAAUAAUUAGAAGUGGGCAGAGCUGCCCUCUCGGUGUUACCUCUUCUGCAGGCCUCCGCCAUGCACGCACCUCACUGCCAGGCCAUUAAAAUCAGGACCCAGCCUGCUGGAGGUGACAUGACCUUCUCCCUCCAGCCACCUGCCGCCAUAGGCAGGCACUGGCUACAGCUUACGGAGUAUCUCCCUUCGUCCCCACCCAGCCACCAAAGCCGCCUACAUGACAAUCCAUCCAUGCACUGAUUAAUAAAUUCAUGCAUUCAUGCA